AUGACUCGUUAUGAUGAAAUUAAAAAUGCUAUUUUGAAUGCUUCUAAAGAAAAGAUUCUGUUUAUUGAUGGUGCUAUGGGAACAAUGAUACAAAGGCACCACUUAACAGAAGAUGAUUUUAGAAAUGAAAGUUUAAAAGAUCAUAAAAAACCUUUAAAAGGAAAUAAUGAUUUAUUAAGUUUAACUAGACCAGAUAUUAUUUUAGAAAUACAUCGUGAAUAUCUUGAAGCUGGAUCUGAUUUUAUUGAAACAAAUACAUUUAGUGGAACAACAAUAGCUCAAGAUGAUUAUGGAUGUUGUCAUUUGGUUUAUGAUAUCAAUUUUGUUGGAGCUCAAUUGGCAAGAAAAGCUGUAGAUGAGUAUAAUAAAAAAACACCAAAUAGAAGAAGAUUUGUUUGUGGUGCUUUAGGACCAACAAACAAAACAUUAAGUAUAUCACCAAGUGUUGAGAAACCUGAAUUUAGAAAUAUUACUUUUCAAGAAUUGGCUAGUGCAUAUCUUGAACAAGCUAAAGCUUUAUAUGAAGGUGGUGUAGAUAUAUUUCUUAUCGAGACAAUUUUUGAUACAGCUAAUGCUAAAGCAUGUAUUUUUGCUUUAAAAACAUUAUUUGAAGAUUCAAAUUACCCUGAAAUUCCUAUUUUUAUUUCUGGUACUAUUGUUGAUUUAUCAGGACGUACCUUAUCAGGACAAACUGGUGAAGGUUUCCUUAUCUCAACAAGACAUGCAUCACCAUUAGCUAUUGGUUUAAAUUGUGCACUUGGUGCUGAAGAAAUGAGACCUUUCAUUGAAGCUAUUAGUAGAAAUACACAAAGUAAUUUAGUUAUUUGUUAUCCAAAUGCUGGUCUUCCAAAUGCUUUAGGUGGAUAUGAUGAGACACCAGAAAUGAUGGCUAAAUCAGUAUCAGAACUUGCCAGAAAUGGUCUUGUAAAUAUUAUUGGUGGUUGUUGUGGUACAACACCUGAUCAUAUUAAAGCAUUAAAUGAUUCUUGUAAAAAUAUCAAACCUAGAAUAUUUGAUGAUAAUAAUAUUCCACAUUUUGAUACAUUAUCACUAUCUGGUUUAGAACCAUCAUAUAUAACAAAAAAUAGUAAUUUCAUUAAUAUUGGUGAAAGAUGUAAUGUAUCAGGAUCUAAAAGAUUUUGUAAUUUAAUUAAAAAAGAUAAUUAUGAGGAGGCAUUAAAUGUUGCCAGAAUUCAAGUAGAAAAUGGUGCACAAAUUAUUGAUAUUAAUCUUGAUGAUGGUUUACUUGAUGGAAAAUAUUGUAUGUCAAAAUUUUUACGUCUUAUUGCAUCAGAACCUGAAAUUGCAAAAGUACCACUUUGUGUUGAUUCAUCAGAUUUUGAUGUUAUAAUAGCUGGCCUUGAAGCAGCACAAGGAAAAUGUAUUGUUAAUUCAAUUUCACUUAAAGAAGGUGAAGAAAAUUUUAUUAAAAAAGCUAAAUUAAUUCAAAAGUAUGGUGGUGCUAUUGUGGUUAUGGCUUUUGAUGAACUUGGACAGGCUGCUGAAACAGAUAGAAAAUUUGAAAUAUGUAAAAGAUCAUAUGAUAUUUUAGUAUCAAAAAAAGUUGGAAUGAAUCCAAAUGAUAUAAUUUUUGAUCCAAAUAUUUUAACUAUUGGUACUGGAAUGGAAGAACAUUCAAAAUAUGCUAUUUAUUUUAUUGAUGUUUGUAGAUUAAUUAAAGCAAACCUUCCUGGAGCAAGAAUAUCUGGUGGUAUCUCAAAUAUUUCUUUUAGUUUUCGUGGUAUGGAAGUUCUUCGUGAAGCUAUGCAUUCUGUUUUUCUUUAUCAUGCUAUUCAAGCUGGUUUAGAUAUGGGUAUUGUUAAUGCUGGAAGUUUACCUUUAUAUUCAGAAAUAGAUAAAAAUCUUCUUAAUUUAUGUGAAGAUUUAAUUUUUGAUCGUGAUCCUGAUGCUACAGAAAAGAUGUUAUUAAUGGCACAAAAAUUAACUAAAAAAGAUAAUUCUAAUGAGAAUGAAGAAAAUUUAAAAAAUUUACGUUUACAAAAGACACCAGAAGAAAGACUUGUAGAUGCAUUAGUUAAAGGAGUUGAUAUGUAUGUUGUUGAAGAUACUGAAGAAUGUAGACAAAAUUUAAUAAAAUAUCCACGUCCAUUAAAUGUUAUUGAAGGACCAUUAAUGAAUGGUAUGAAAGUUGUUGGAGAAUUAUUUGGUGCAGGUAAAAUGUUUUUACCACAAGUUAUUAAAAGUGCUAGAGUAAUGAAAAAAGCUGUUGCUCAUUUAAUACCAUAUAUGGAUGCUGAAAGAGAAAAAAGAUUAAAAGAACAGGGAUUUAUUGAUAAUGAUAAUCCAUAUAAUGGAACAAUUGUCAUAGCUACAGUUAAGGGAGAUGUUCAUGAUAUUGGAAAAAAUAUUGUUGGUGUUGUUUUAGGAUGUAAUAAUUUUAAAGUUGUUGAUCUUGGUGUUAUGACUCCAAGUGAAAAAAUUAUAAAAGCAGCUAUAGAUGAAAAAGCUGAUUUUAUAGGUGCAUCAGGUCUUAUUACUCCAUCACUUGAUGAAAUGGUUCACCUAGCAAAAGAGAUGCAAAGAAAUAAUUUAAAGAUUCCUCUUCUUAUUGGUGGUGCGACAACUUCCAAAACACAUACAGCUGUAAAAAUUAAUCAUAGAUAUGAUGGACCAGUUAUCCAUUGCUUAGAUGCUUCAAAAUCUGUUGUUGUUGUAUCAUCAUUACUUGACGAAAAAACAAAAGAAGAAUUUUUAGAUGAUCUUAAAGAAGACUAUGAAUCUAUUUGUGAAGAAUAUUAUGAAUCUCUAAAAGAAAGACGUUUUAUAACACUUAAAGAAGCAAGAUCACGUAAGGUUGAUUUUGAUUGGAAUAACCAUAUAUCAUAUAAACCAACAUUUAUUGGAUCGAAAUCAUUUAAUGAUAUUUCACUAGAAAAUCUUAUUCCUUACAUUGAUUGGAAACCAUUUUUUGACGUUUGGCAAUUAAGAGGUAAAUAUCCAAAUAGAGCAUACCCAAAUAUUUUCAAUGAUUCUGAUGUUGGUAAUGAGGCUAAAAAAGUUUUUGAAGAUGCUAAAAAGAUGCUUCAAGAUAUUAUUGAUAAUAAAAUAUUAUCAGUUAAAGCUAUUAUUGGAUUUUAUAAAUGUGCUUCAACUAACAAUGAUGAUAUUGUUUUAUAUGACGAAAAUAAUAAAAUAAUUGACACAUUACAUGGAUUACGUCAACAAUGUGAUAAAGAACAUGAUCAAAAAUGUUAUUGUAUUUCUGAUUUUAUACGCCCACUUACAGUUGAUGGUGUAGUUGAUGACUAUAUUGGAAUGUUUGCAUGUUCAGUAGGAUUUGGUGUUGAUGAAUUAUGUCAUAAAUAUGAAAAAAUAGAAUAUGAUGAUUAUAAAAGUAUUAUGUUAAAAGCAAUAGCUGAUAGAUUAUCAGAAGCAUUAGCAGAAUAUAUUCAUAAAAUUGUUCGUACCGAUCUUUGGGGUUAUUCAAAGAAUGAAGAUUUAAAAAAUAGUGAUUUAUUAUCAAUUAAAUAUCAAGGAAUUAGACCAGCACCUGGUUAUCCUGUACAACCAGACCAUCAAGAAAAAGUAACAAUAUGGAAUAUUAUGGAUGUAGAAGAAAAAACUGGAAUAAAAUUAACUGAAAGUUUAGCAAUGGAACCAGCUUCAUCAGUUUCUGCUUUAAUGUUUGCCAAUCCACAUUCAUCAUACUUUAGUUUAGGAAAAAUAAACAAAGAUCAAAUUGAAGAUUAUGCUACUAGAAAAAAACAAUCGAUUGAUCUUGUAGAAAAAUGGUUAGAACCAAAUCUUGGAUAUGAAACAGUUUAA